AUGUCAAAUAAAACUCCAAUUGUGGAGAAAACUAAUUCUUUUACAAAUGAGAAUCCACUAAAAGAAACUUCUUCAGUAUCAUCAUCAUCAACUUUUGAAUUGUUCAAUGAAAAAGAUGCCAACAAAGUAUAUUUAUUAAAAUCAAAAAUAUUAGCAGAAGCUAUUGAAGAAAUUGGUUAUGGCCGAUAUCAAAUAGGCUUAUUUAUUGUGUGUGGAUUUGGUUGGUUUAACGACAAUGCAUUUCCCAUUGCUACAUCCUUACUAAUUCCACGUUUGAUUGAAGUGGAUGGAGUAAUAGCUCCUGUUGGAAGAGUUGCCUAUGUGGUUCUAGCUCAAAAUUUAGGUUUGUUAUUUGGUUGUGUUUUAUUUUCAUUAAUGUCUGAUUUUGUUGGUAGAAAACUUCCUUUCCAAUUAACUUUAUUAAUUACAUCGAUAUUUGCUAUAAUAAGUGGUGCUUCACCAAAUUUUGCGGCAUUAGGUUGUUUUGUUGCCUUUUAUUCUGUUGGUGUUGGAGGAAAUAUAGUUGUUGACGCGUCUUUGUUUUUAGAAUCCAUUCCAGCAUCAGAUCAAUGGGUUUUAACAGUCAUGAGUUUAUGGUGGGCCCUUGCAGGAGUCAUAACAAAUUUAUUUUCAUGGGGUUUAAUAAGUAAUUAUUCUUGUGCAGAAUUAACCAAUUGUUAUAAGAAUGAUAAUAAAGGAUGGAGAUAUUUCAUGUUUACCAUUGGUGGGUUUACAUUUAUAUUAUUUGUUAUCAGGUUUUGUUUUAGAGUUUACGAAUCACCAAAGUAUUAUUUAGGAAUAGGUCAAGAUAUGAAAGCUAUUGAAGUCGUAGAAAGAAUAGCAAAGACAAAUAGAAAGCCAUGUCCUAUAACUAUAGAAGAUUUUCAAGAAAUUGAUAGGAAAUAUGGUGAAAUAGAUGAAGGAAAGGAUGCACUCAUAAAAAAGAAUCUUGCAAAAUUUGAUGGUGAAAAUUUUAAGAAAAUGUUUUCCUCACCAAAAUUGACUAUAUCCAACGUGCUUAUCAUUAUAACAUGGCUGGUAAUUGGAAUUGCAUAUCCUUUGUAUAAUAGUUUUCUUCCAUACUAUUUGGAAACACGAGGCGAUGCAACCAAGCCUUUAUCUGUUCAUGAAACAUAUAGAAAUUCAUUAAUUGUGUCUGUAAUUGGAAUACCUGGCGCUUUAAUUGCGGGACUUUUAGUAGAAUUGAGGACAGGUAGAAAAGGAGCAUUAUCAAUAUCAUUGCUUCUAACAGGUGUUGUGUUGUUCGGUUCAACAACAGCAAAAAGUAGUGGAUCAUACCUUGCUUGGAACUGCUUUUUUUCAUUAUUUUCAAAUAUUCAAUAUGGAGUUCUAUAUGCAUAUACUCCAGAAAUAUGUCAUGUACAAAUAAGAGCUUUAGUAUUUGGUUUAGCAUCAUCUUGUAAUAGGAUAAUGUCUAUUUUUGCACCCAUUAUAAAUAUUUUUGCUGAUUUAACAACAUCAGUUCCAAUUUUUGUAGCUGGGGCAUUAUUUUUAGCAGCCGGAGUGUUCGUUGUAUUUUUCCCAUAUGAGCCAAGAGGUAAAAAGAGUUUAUAG